CUCUCUCUCUCAGACACAGACACCAAUACUAUGAAGAAGAGUGUAAACAUAGUACUGUUGGUGCUGCUUUGCACCAGCUUCCAUAUUGCAUUCUCAUUAUUUGACGGAUUACUCCCUAAUGGAAACUUUGAACUAGGCCCAAAAGCUUCACAAUUGAAAGGCACCAAAGUGAUGGAUCCCCAUGCUAUACCUAAGUGGGAACUUUCUGGGUUUGUGGAGUACAUAAAAUCAGGUCACAAACAAGGAGACAUGUUGUUGGUGGUUCCGGAAGGUGCUCACGCCGUUCGUCUAGGCGACGAGGCGUCGAUCAAGACCCGGGUUAAGGUUAAAAAUGGAAUGUUUUACUCACUCUCAUUUAGUGCUUCAAGAACUUGUGCACAGGAAGAGAGAUUGAAUGUUUCUGUGUCACCAAAGUCUGAGCCAAAGGACUGGGGAAUGUUACCUAUGCAAACAAUGUAUAGUAGUGAUGGUUGGGAUUCAUAUUCAUGGGGUUUUUUAGCAGAAUCUGAUGAAAUUGAGAUUGUGAUUCAUAAUCCUGGAAUGGAGAAGGAUAAGGCUUGUGGUCCACUUAUUGAUUCAGUUGCUCUCAAGGCUUUGAACACUCCCAAAAGAUCAGGAGGCAACAUGUUGAAGAAUGGAAAUUUCGAAGAGGGUCCAUAUAUAUUCCCAAACACAUCAUGGGGUGCCCUGAUCCCACCAAACAUUGAGGAUGACCAUUCUCCCCUGCUCGGAUGGAUGAUCGAAUCUCUUAAAGCAGUAAAGUACAUAGACUCCGACCAU